AUCAACUUGCUGUCACGCUGUUGUUUACAUUUUUCUGUGUGUUACCUUUAAUCAUAAUUUUCAGAAAAAAUGAACUCUGGCGAAGCGGAUUCUCAUUUAUUAGCUUUAAAAGUUAUGAGAUUAACCCGUCCUACAUUAGUGGGUGUUGGGCCCAUUGUGACUUGUGAACCAAAGGAUUUGCCCCAAAGUUUUAGUCGAAUGGUAGAGAAUGAUGGCAUUGCUAGGACUUGUGCUGAAGCAUUGGGAGCUGGUCAAACUAUGCUUUUACCUCAAUCGUUUGGUAACAUCUAUUUGGGCGAAACAUUUUCAAGCUACAUAUGCGUACACAAUUGUACGAUGCAUCCCGUUGAGGGCGUUACGGUCAAAGUGGAUCUGCAGUCGAACACGUCGCGUAUAAACUUACUGAUGCACGAAAACAAAAAGUCGUCUGUGGUGUUAACAGCAGACGAAACUCUCGAUGAUGUUAUUCGAUAUGAAGUUAAGGAGAUUGGCACCCAUAUUCUUGUUUGUGAAGUUAAUUACACGAGUCCAGCUGGAUUUGCACAAUCUUUAAGAAAGUUCUUCAAGUUUCAAGUUCUCAAGCCACUUGACGUUAAAACCAAAUUUUAUAAUGCAGAAAUGGAUGAAAUAUAUUUAGAGGCGCAAAUCCAAAAUGUGACCACUGGCCCAUUUUGUCUGGAAAAAGUUGAAUUGGACAGCUCGGAGCAUUACACAGUUACAUCGUUAAACACUCUUCCCAACGGAGAAUCGGUUUUUAACUCGAAGAAUAUGUUACAGCCGAACAACAGUUGUCAAUUUCUUUACUGCAUAAAGCCUAAGCCUGAAAUCGCCAAGGACAUAAAAAUUCUUCGUGAAGCAAAUAAUGUUGGCAAGUUAGACAUUGUCUGGAGGUCGAAUUUCGGCGAAAAGGGCAGACUGCAAACAAGUCAAUUGCAGCGAUUGCCGUUUGAAUAUAAGGACAUUCGUUUGGAGGUCGUCGAUGCUGAAAAUAUUGUGAAGAUCGGUACAAUAUUUACUUUCCAAUGCAGAGUUACGAAUACUGCUGAGCAUGCGAUGAAGCUGCAUAUUACGCUUGAUACUAAAGUGUUCCCCGAUUGUCCUUAUACUGGUUCUUCGAAUUUUGUCUUGGAUGUUUUACAGCCAGGUGCAAUUGCUGAGUUUCCGCUUUCGAUUUGCCCUUCUAAAUUGGGUCUCAUAAAGGUCUCACCUUUAUUAAUAGUCGAUACUCUUAAGAAUGAGCAGUAUAUAAUAAACAAAGUUGUUGAAGUAUUUGUGGUCGACGCCGAUUACCAUCAAGAUGGUACAUUCUUGCUUAAUAAGUUAAUUCGUUAUGAGACUCCAUUUGAUUCUUCAAUGCAGAAACAAGUGCAAUUACAGGUGGUUUAGAUUUUAUUUUUCCCAAUCAAUUUGUAAUACAUUGUUUUUUUAUUGAUGCCUGUAAAAUCGUAUAAAUGUGUUGUAUAUUUAAGCGAGAAAAAUAUAUUUAUGCUAAUACAUUUCAUUUAUAAAAGCAAUAAUGCCGCUAAGUUCACCCUUCUGUUG